AUGGAUGAAGGUGUGAAAUAUGGAGAAACUGAGCUAAAGAUGGAAUCAGUCGUGACGUACGUUCGCCGGUUGCUCGGACGAGAGAAAAAGAAAGAGGAGGAGCGACACCUGCGCGCCAACGACAGAACUUUCAACGGGUCCUUCAGAUACACCAACAACGCCAUCAAGACCUCCAAAUACAACAUCAUAACCUUCCUGCCACUCAACCUGUUCGAGCAGUUCACCAGGCUCGCCAACGCCUACUUCCUCUUCCUGUUUUGCCUUCAGCUGAUCCCUCGAGUCUCCUCUCUGUCCUGGUUCACCACCGCCGUCCCUCUGAUUCUGGUGCUGUCCAUAACAGGUGUCAAAGACGCCAGCGAUGACAUAAAGAGGCACAGAAGCGACAAACAAGUGAACAACCGUAAGGUGGACGUCCUGGUGGAUGGGCAACUGAAAAAAGAAAAAUGGAGGAACGUGCAGGUUGGGGACAUCAUCAAACUGGAGAACAAUCAGUUUGUCACAGCCGACCUCCUGUUGCUGUCCAGCAGCGAGCCUCUCAAUCUGGUCUACGUGGAAACAGCUGAAUUAGACGGAGAAACCAACCUGAAGGUGAAACAGGCCCUGACUGUAACCGGAGAGAUGGGCAACUCCACCGAAGUGCUGGGCGCUUUCAAAGGCGAGGUGAGAUGUGAGCCUCCCAACAACCGGCUGGACAAGUUCAAGGGGGCGCUGACGGUGGACAAGCAGGUGUACUCCCUGGACAACGACAAGGUGCUGCUCAGAGGCUGCACCCUGAGGAACACCGAGUGGUGCUUCGGCCUGGUCAUCUUUGGAGGUCCCGACACCAAACUGAUGCAGAACAGCGGGAAGACAAAAUUCAAACGCACGAGCAUCGACCACCUGAUGAAUAUCCUGGUGCUGUGUAUCUUCGGCUUCCUGGCGACUAUGUGCGCCAUUCUGACAGUCGGCAACGCAGUCUGGGAGGUGAAGGAGGGCUCCGUGUUCACCGUGUUCCUUCCUCGAGAAGACGACACGAGCGCUGGUCUCUCUUCCUUCCUCACCUUCUGGUCCUACGUCAUCGUGCUCAACACGGUGGUGCCCAUUUCCCUUUACGUCAGCGUGGAAUUCAUCCGUCUCGGCAACAGCUUCUUCAUCGACUGGGACAGGAAGAUGUAUUACCCGAAAAAUGACACUCCUGCUCAGGCCAGAACCACCACACUUAAUGAGGACUUGGGCCGAAUUAAAUACAUCUUCAGCGACAAGACGGGCACCCUGACGCAGAACAUCAUGGUUUUCAACAGAUGCUCCAUCAACGGGAAAGCCUUCGGGGAGCUGUUUGACUUUUCUGGACAGAGGGUGGAGAUAACAGAGGUGAGAAAGAACACUGACCCAGGGUUUGUGCCCUCUAGUGACACAACGCUGCAAAGCUUCAUGUUCCAACAGGGUUUUUCUUCCUCUCUUGUGAUCUCAGGGGAGCUCCACUACCAGGCUCAGUCUCCCGAUGAAGGCGCUCUGGUGACGGCAGCGAGAAACUUUGGUUUUGUGUUCCGCUCGCGAACACCAGAAACCGUCACCCUCAUGGAGAUGGGCAGGAAGGUCAUUUAUGAACUCGUGGCUGUUCUGGACUUCAACAAUGUGCGAAAGAGGAUGUCAGUAAUCGUGCGCAGCCCAGAUGGGAAGCUACUUCUGCUGUGCAAAGGAGCAGACACCAUCGUCUACGAACGGCUGCAUCCCUCCUGUGACAACCUGAUGAAAGUUACGACCAACCACCUCAACGAGUAUGCAGGCGACGGCCUCCGUACGCUGGUUCUGGCCUACAAGGACUUAGAUAAGAGCUACCUGGAGGAGUGGAAGCAGCGCCACCAUGAGGCCUGCACCGCCAUCGACGGACGAGAGGAGAGACUUGAUGAACUUUACGAAGAGAUAGAGAAAGACCUGAUGCUGCUGGGAGCGACCGCCGUGGAGGACAAGCUGCAAGACGGCGUCCCGCAGACCAUCGAGCAACUGGCUAAAGCUGACAUCAAAAUCUGGGUGCUGACUGGAGAUAAACAAGAGACGGCGGAGAACAUCGGCUAUUCAUGCAACAUGCUCAGAGAGGAGAUGAAGGACGUGUUCAUUGUGGCGGCCAACACGGCGGACGAAGUCAGAGAGGAGCUACAGAAUGCAAGAAGGAAAAUGUGCCCAGACGCAGCAGAGACGCCACAUGUGACCACAUCUCGUGCUGGGUUGUUCUGGCUGCAGAAGACACAGACUGUGCAGGAUGAGAAAGUGGACGGAGACUAUGGCCUCGUUAUCAACGGACACAGUUUGGCCUUUGCUCUGGAGAAGGACAUGCGGAUGGAGCUGCUGAGGACGGCCUGCAUGUGUCAGACGGUGAUUUGCUGCAGGGUCACCCCUCUGCAGAAGGCCCAGGUGGUGGAGUUGGUCAAGAAAUACAAGCAGGCCGUCACUCUUGCCAUCGGGGACGGAGCCAACGAUGUCAGCAUGAUCAAGGCUGCUCAUGUCGGUGUCGGUAUCAGCGGUCACGAGGGGAUGCAAGCAGUAAUCUCCAGCGACUUCUCUUUUGCCCAGUUCCGUUACCUGCAGCGCCUCCUGCUGGUGCACGGCCGCUGGUCCUACCUGCGCAUGUGCAAGUUCCUGCGAUAUUUUUUUUACAAGAACUUCACCUUCACCUUCGUGCAUUUCUGGUACGCCUUCUUUUGCGGUUUCUCUGCACAGACUGUGUACGACGAGUGGUUCAUCACCUGCUACAACCUGGUCUACACAGCUCUUCCAGUCCUCGGCAUGAGCCUCUUUGACCAGGAUGUAAAUGAUCGCUGGAGUUUCCGCUAUCCUCAGCUCUACUCUCCGGGCCAACAGAAUCUCUACUUCAACAAAAAGGUCUUUGUGCGCUGCAUGAUGCACAGCUGGUACAGCUCCCUGAUCCUGUUCUUCAUCCCCUGGGCCGCCAUGCACGACACGGUCAGAGAUGACGGCAAGGACAUCGCCGACUAUCAGUCGUUUGCUCUGCUGGCGCAGACCUGCCUGCUGGUUGUGGUUAGCGUGCAGCUGUGUCUUGACACCUACUACUGGACGGCGGUGAACCAGUUCUUCAUGUGGGGCAGCCUGGCCGCCUACUUUGCCGUCUCAUUCACCAUGUACAGCAACGGCAUGUUCCUCAUCUUCACCUCCGCGUUCCCCUUCGUUGGCGUAGCAAGAAACUCUCUGAACCAGCCUAACGUGUGGCUGACCAUAUUCCUGGCUUCCCUCCUCUGCCUUCUCCCCGUGGUGGCGUUCCGCUUCAUUCUCAUACAGCUUCGUCCCACCAUCAAUGACAAGCUGAGACAUAAGGUGCAGAUGGAGGCGCUGCCAGCACCUGCUCCUCGCCGCCCACCUCCUCGCCGCAUCAGCACCCGGCGCUCGGGCUACGCCUUCUCCCACGCGCAGGGUUACGGCAAUCUGGUAACGUCUAAAAACUUCCUGCGGCCCUUGAAGAAGCGAACGGCCCUGUUUGUACAAACCGACUCGCCCCUGGCUCAGAAUGAGCCCCAGCACUAUCGCUCCAUCGCCGAGGAGCCGGAGGGCUCACAGAGCCCCUAGCUGAGGAGGUACGCAGGGACAAGAACACUGAAUGUUUCUCAGCUUAUUGGAGAGGAUGCGCAGAGUAAAGUUCACCACCUGGAUGGUCUCCAGGUCAAACUUUUACUCUUAAACUGAGUCAGUAC